GGCAGCCCAUGGACUUUGUGCCAGAGUUCUUCUGCCUCCUACUCAAAGCAAUUCGAUAAAUUGCAACAUCAACAACAACGAACCGCCAAAAAUGACCAACUCCAAAGAAACGAAAACUCCCCAUGUUGUCACCGACCUGCACAGCAAAGAAUCCGCAUACGAGCUUAGCGUGAAUGGCCUAGAAGAUCUGGUCGCUUUCGAGCAUACCCCAGCCGGUCUCUGCGUUGUAUCCAAAAUCUCAGCGCCUGCAGGUUCCCACUUCGCCUUCAUCACUUCCCAUGUCCCUCAACCCAAGGCCUCUUGGAAAACAAUCCAGACUUCCGCAACCACGCAGACAGAUCCGCGGAGCGCUUUACUGUACAUGAAUCACUCCUGUGCACCAUCCCUCGAAGUCCACACUUAUGCUCCAGACGCUGAUGGCAAUUAUCCCACCGAGCCACCUUCUGGGAAGUUGGGGGAGGAAGCGAAACAUCUCACGCCCGCUGGUCUGGCAGGCGAGGUUAAGGUGGCGAGGGAUCGCGAUGUUAAGCCUGGAGAUGCUUUGACGUUCUUUUACCCUUCGACUGAAUGGCAUAUGGAUAGGCCGUUCGAAUGCCUUUGCGGCGCGGGAGAUGGUGUGUGUCUUGGUACAGUGGCUGGAGCUGAUGCUAUUGACGAGAAGGGACUUGAGAAGUGGUUCUUCAAUGAGCAUAUCUGGCAGCUUGUGAAGGAGCGAGAGUCAAAGUAGAUUGGAGAUGAGGCUUGAAGAAGCGUGCGACUUGGAUUCAACUCGAGGUGAUGAAAAUGUUUUAUGAUGAGGACUUGAAUUUCGAUAGCUUAGCAUAGCUUUCAACAAGUAUAAGCUACGGAAUGUGUUUGAAUCACAUACUCAAUCCUAUCAUAUCCAUAAUGAGUGGAAGCGCGUGAGUUGAAUCAUGCACAUGAAGAGCGCCGUCAACACCUAACCACUUUCGGCAAUAUACUCCCUGUCCACACCACCUUAAUGAUCCUCCACCAAGAAUCCACACCACAGCCUAAGCGCUCGCAGCGACACGCUUCACAUCAAGACGAUGGAACCCACCUUCCUCAGCCACAAUCUUCUGCAACUCCACCAUCCUCUUCUGAUCACCCACAGGAUCAAGCUGUUCCUGUUCCCCCGUCCACUCCUCCACAAACUCAUUCGUAUAAUUCGGGACAAAAUCCUGCUCAAGCACGCCCAAACGUUUCCCAUACGCGGUCACCUUCUGCCAAUCGCGCUGCACAUUCUUCAAAUCUUUGGAAAAGUACGCGAAAGAUCGCUCGAAGAUUUUGCGGUUCAGCGCUGUUCCCAUGCUCGGUUUGAAGUCUACGUAUUCGACCCAAGCGUGUUCUGGAUCGGUGAGGACGAAGUCUGUGGCGCGUUUGACGGCACGCAUGAAGGCUUGGACUUUGGUUGGGUUUUUGGAGAUGAAGGGUUCGUUUCCGAUGUAGAGGAUUGAGCAGAAACAGCAGCAGCCUAGUUCGGCGAGUUCGUCGAUUCGAAGCAUUUGGACGUCGCUUUUGGGACGGCCUUGAGAGGAGAGCCAUUCGGCGAGUUCGACCAUUUGGACGUUUUCUAGACCGAUGCCGGCGUCGAUUUCGCCUUUGAUUAUGGCUUUGGAGACGUUCAUGCCGCAGCGAAUGGCGGUGUAGUCGGAUGGUGACAUUCCGUAGUGGGAGGUUAGUUCGUCGAUUUGGAUUUUGCCGAAUUCUCCCACGUAGCCGAUUCUCUUGCCUUUCAAGGUGCGGAAGUCGGUGGUGAUGCCGGAGUCUUUGAGGUAGACUACGCCGGUGAAGGGCUCGUCGAGGAGUGAUCCGAUCGACACAAUUGGAUAGUUACGGGCUUUGGCUGCCAAAGUAUGGAUCAUGGCCUUGUAACCAAGGUCGACUUUUCCGCUUCCAAUGAUCUCGGUG